AUGUCUUCCAAUACGACAACGAAUACCGCUAAAUUUGAGCGGAUGACCAAAGAAGAAAAAUUACGUUUCUGUCAAGAUCUUAUUAAACAAGCUGCUAAUUUAACAAAAUCAUCAAGUAUUAGUGGUAUUCGGUCGACAGGCAAUAAAACUAAUGCUAGCGGUAUACGUUCAAAAAGUAAAUCAAGCAAGCGACCAGCUUCAACUAGUGGUGCAACAUCGAAAAAAACUAAAAGUAGAAAAUCAAAAUCACGUGCUAAGUCAAGUACAGCGAAACGAUCAUCAUCAAAAUCUCCAACAUCAGAUAGUUCAACUCAACUGAAACCAAACGAUCAACAUUCUUCUUUACAUCCAUCUGAACAUAGCACAUUAAAAUCAAAUAGUAAAAAACCUCCUUCUCAUACAAGUGUUAAGACUAGUAGUAUUAGUGGAACUCGUACAAAUUCAAAAACAGCUAAUAAAUCUGGAACAAUGCAACGAUCUUCUUCAAAAUCAUCGGUUCGUAGCAAAAAAUCAAAGAGUACACAUUAUCCCAUAACAAAUACUUCACAAUCCAUGUUACAUCCUAGUGAUACAAGUACUAAGAGUUCAACAUCAAAGACUGGUUUAAAACAUUCCUCAUCAAACACAGAUACACCACAUGAUAUGCAUACAAAAUCCAGCAGUAAAUCUAAGUCAAAAGGACGUAGUAAGAGCCGAGCAGCUGGUGGUACUUCAAGUAUUCGUUCUGGUAGCAAGAGUUCAAAAUCUCAUAAAAAAUCGAACAGAACAGAACCAGCAAAAUCAGGCACGAAAAGAAAGACAGCAACUUCAGGUGUUCGUUCAGCAUCAAAAUCAUUAUCAAAUAGAACAAAGAGUGGUAGUAAAACUCGUAAAACUGAUACGAAGAGUAGAGCAAAAUCAACUAGAACAACAAAAGGAAAACAUCCUCGUAAAGUAGGAAAAAAUGGUGCUGAAACAUGUGCUGCUCAAUUUGUACCAAAAUUCAAUCCAAAUUCAAAUAAAAAUCAAGUACCAGUUUAUCAUAUUAUUCGUCAUGCAUUUGGUAAUAUGGUUCGUGAAGCUAUAUGUCAAUUAGAUAAAGACAAAUCUGGUAUUAGUUCUCAACAAAUCAUUGAUCAUAUACUUAAACAUUAUACAUUUCCAAAUAAUAUAUCUGAAGCUGUAAUACGAAAUCGUACAAUGUUUACAAUUAAUUCAGGUUUACGUGCUGGUACUCUUCUUACUGUUAGUCCAAAUAAAGGCGUACGAAUUGGUCGCAUGCGUCGUAUUUAUCCACGUAUACUUUGUUAG